AGAGCAAUAUGGUGACCUUUCCUUGUGGCACUCAGUGCCACAUCUCCAGUUUGAGAUCUGUCAGUGUGACAAAUCAGAUCAAGCUCUUCUGUGGCCUCAAGGGGACAGCAGAAACAGCAGAGUCAAUAAAAAAAGGCCACGACUGUUUCAGUUUCUGACAAGUGAUGGAAUGUAUUGGGUUUUACAAUAAAAAUUACUUUACUUUGUCUGAAAGGAAAUGUAUAAACAUGGAUUUUCUGGCCUUUAUGCAAAACUAAACAUGUAUAUUAAAAAGAAAUCGGUAUAUUUUGUGCAUUAGCAUUCAGUUUCAAAUGCAAAGGCAGAGCGACCAACAUUCUCAAUGUUUCUUUUCCUUAUUUUCAAAAUAAAAAUUAAGUUCAAGAUUUUUUGUGUGUGAUACUGUAGCUUUUGUUGCAAUUUAAUGACCAGUUUUUUCUUUCUUUCUUUUCUUUUUUUAGUUUAAAUGAUAAAACAACUGGAGAUUAUCAAUGCCAGAAUACAAAAUUAAAAUCAGGAGAAAAUUCAUAACAAAAAUAUUGAUUUCAGACCAUCUGUGCAAAAUGCAUACAUAAUGGGAAAUAAGUGAGCCUUAAAUGUGGUUUUGGCAUUACAUAAGAUGUACAAUUUUCCCUUUUUUACCCCCUUUUUAAAAUUCAAAACCUGUUUUAUUGAAUGCAAUUGCAAAAUCCAAUUAGUGUUUAGAUUUUUGGUCACAUCUGGCUCAAUACUUAUCCUAUUUUAGCUUGUAUUUACCUAUUUUAGUAUUAAUCACUCUCUUAAAUGAAGUAUCCCAUUUUUUUUCAUUACAUUUUACAUUAGUUAAUUUAUAGUCUGUUAUAAUCACAUUUUUGUAAAUAAUAUUUUUUUAUUUUUUUAAGGUCAAGUCUUGUUUAUUAUGUAAAUAAAAUUAUGUCAUAACAUUUUUAUAAAUGUGUGCUAAAGGGUGUUUACAUGAACUCUUCUACCAAACCCACAUGGUUUCAUUGCUGUUCCCUUGGUAACAAGCAAACCCGUGCCCUUUUACCCUACUGGCAUUCGUGUGGAUCGUACCACUUUAGAAACAUCGCGGGGGGAGCGGUAGGUAGAGCUUUCAAAUUUUAACCAAAUUGGUCAAUAAACCAUAAUUUUUGAAUAGUUCCAAUGCAUCGUAGUGUUAUUAAUAACAACAUCAUCCCCGAAUUGAAUUCAAUAGUCAUAUUUUGGUUUAUUUUCGUCUUUAGGUUGUAUUCGUUCUCACCGCAAAACCCCGUCUUCAUAUUAAACUGACGACCGUACAGUAAGCUGUCAAAAGCUUGUUGCUUAAAUCUGUGCAGCGCCACAAAGUGAAGAAGAAAUUGGGUCGGAUAAGCCCUAAUUUUUAUGGCGAAGGAAACAACUGAAUAUGUUACCACACAGAGGCCGCGGGUGCACUUGACAGCUUGUUCCGGUUGAAAACGGUCGCUGUGUCAUCCGUCUGCUCGGGCUGCUGGCGCGUGAAGCCGUUUCCUGAGGGAAGCUGUUCGUUCCUGAUGAUGAGGUCACAAGUGCCUUCGAGAAGACUAAUCUAACACAAAUCCCAGUUGGUCCCUCUUACUGUCCUCAAAAACCAACCAAGGAUACCUCAGUCUUUUUUUUGCACUCAUUCAGGACCUAAAAGAUCAAAUGUGAGCCAUAAUAUUGGGGGGGAAAAAAGAUUUUCCAGGAAUGCUUCACUGAUCUUUCCUUUAAGAGUUUGAUGUUAAUCUGCUCUCAGUUUUUGCAGAAAAUAAACAAAAAGGUGGUUUAAUUAUUCUUAAUGGGCCAUUGCUCAUCAAGCAACCAUCUUGUUUUGCUGACUGCUUCUUUUAAACAAUCACACACAACAGUAAAUGUGUGAGAAAUUUGCUCUUUAUUGUGUGUGUUUGUAAGGUUUUAAACAAGGUUUUUGAUUUUAUUGUGGACUUCCACCUUUGGGACAUGGCACUGAGUAUGUCCACAGUCAGAGACACAAAGUGGCUCACGUUAGAAGUCUGUCGCCAGUUUCAGCGAGGAAACUGUUCGCGCAGUGACGAGGAAUGCAAGUUUGCACAUCCGCCCAAGAGUUGCCAGAUUGAAAACGGGAGGGUCAUCGCCUGCUUCGACUCUCUGAAG